GACAAUCUCACAUUCACGCACGCGCAUCCAAUUUUUCAUCUUCACCGUUUCAUACGAAACUCUUUACGAGGAGCGAACCUCUCUCUUUCUCACUUUUCUCUCUCUCUCUCCCUCGAAGAAAGAAAGCCUCUUUUCGUUUUCUCCGGCCAGAGGAAAGACGGAUAAUGCCGGUUUCAAGCAACAGAAAUAGGGUUUCGCCUUACCCGCUUCGCUCUUGUAGGAACAAGAAACAAAAAGAAGUCGAGGCGGCGUCACCUGUUGUUGAGUUAGAGAGUGUGAGUGAAUGGGAGGAUGUGAGGUGUGUGAUCUGUAUGGAGCCUCCUCACAAUGCUGUCCUCUUGCAAUGCUCUUCUUUCUCCAAAGGAUGUCGUGCUUACAUGUGUGACACAAGCGCCCGUCACUCCAACUGCUUCAAGCAGUACCGCAGAAACAACAGCUCAAGCCGUUGCAGUGGCAAGACUCUAAACUGUCCCUACUGCAGAGGAGAGGUUCAGGGGACAAUGAAGUCGACUUGUGCUCGGAGAUUCAUGAAUGCUAGACCGAGGUCUUGUUCUGUGGACAAGUGUGAUUUCUCAGGGACCUAUGCUCAGCUGAAAAAUCACUUGAAAACUGAGCAUCCUGGUUUUACACCUCCAAAGUUAGACCCUUGGGAGCAACACAUGUGGGAGCAAUUGGAGAGAGAGGCCGAAUACAUUGAAAUGCUCAAUGCUCGACAGAGAUGGGAUGCAGAACAAAGAUUGUUGGCGACUUCUCUCCAUCAGCUUCCAUAUCGCCAUCCCAUGAUUGAUCUUAACUUUGAUGCGUUCAUCCAUAAUCUGUUUCUUGGUGCAAGGAGCCAAGCAAGCACCGACAAUUACCCGGCUCACAUACCCCGUCUGGAGUUCCAUUCGCCGCUGUAUCCCAGAUGGACGCCAUGAAGAUUCUGAGUGCCGAGUCUAUGAGGAAUUCGUCCAAAGUUUUGAUGUCUCUUGAUUUUUAUCAUAAUGUAAUGUUCUUAUAGCGACAUCAGUUCUUGUUCUAGGCAUAAAUUUAUAUUGUUUGUAUGUUAGCUUCUGUUAGUGAAGUAUUCAUAGCUUGGGCUCAUCUUUUGCCUAUUCAAAAUCUCUGUUUAAAUCAAAUUAUUCACAUUCU